UGCACGGCAUUAGCGUGAAGGAUGUAGAGCCAGAGGGAGGGGCAGGAUGGAGUGCUCCUGGAAGACGGUGCUGCUGCUGGUGUGUGCGUCUCUGGGGGUCCAGUACACGGCCAUCCGCACCCUGAGGGACUCGCUGUCCGGGCCCUGUCAGGGACCCUACCGCUGCCAGAGCAGGCACUUCAGAGACUCCAGGUGGAGAGCCUUGUGCGAUGACAGCUGGAUGCCUGUUGAUUCGCCUCGGAAGCACAUCCUGCUGUUCGCUACCACCCGCAGCGGCUCCUCCUUCACCGGGCAGCUCCUCAAUCAGCACCCAGGGAUCUUCUACGUGUUUGAACCUCUCUACCACGUCCAGCAGGCCUUCACCAACUCCAGCAGCAGGCUGCGUCGCACCCUGGACCGCCGAUCCCUCCUGGGAGCAUACAGGGAUCUCCUCCUCAACCUGUACACCUGCGAUCUUCACUUCAUGGAGAAUUACAUCCGCCCGGAGCCCCAGGACCACGUCACCAGCUCCUUCUUUCGCAGAAGCUCCAGUCAUGCCCUCUGCUCCCCUCCCGUGUGCAUGGAAGCAGGGGAUGUAGCAGUUUCGGAUUCCCCGGAUGAAGCCUGGUGUCCAAAGAAGUGUGGGGCCCUGAACCUCACCCUUGCCUCUAUGUCGUGUCUUUCGAAGGAACAUGUAGCCAUAAAGACUGUGCGGGUCCCGGAGGUGGGGGACCUGCGCACCCUGACAGAAGAUCCUCGUUUAGACCUGAAGAUCAUCCACCUGGUGAGAGACCCCAGAGCUAUCCUCGCGUCGCGCAUGAUGGCUUUCUCUGAUCAAUUCCGCGCUUGGAAAAUAUGGAAUGCAACGGGACGGCAGCCUCGGUACGUGGACUUGACGCAGAUCACCAGCACCUGCAAAGACAUGGCGGCCUCCACGGCAACAGGCCUGCAAACACCGGCAUGGCUGCGGGGACGCUACCUGCUGGUGCGCUAUGAGGACCUGGCCUUCAAUCCGAAGGACAAAGCCACUGAGAUCUACAGGUUUGUGGGGCUGGAGAUGGAGGACAGGGUGCGGUUGUGGAUUGCAAAGAACACAAACAGUAACGUGUCGUCUCCGUCAGAGUGGAACUACAGGUACUCAACCAACAGAGACUCCAGAGCAACAGCGGAGAGCUGGAGGCUUCGUCUGGGCUUUGACAUCGUCAGGACUUUGCAGAAUCUGUGCAAUGACACUCUGGCGCUGCUGGGAUACAAGCAGGUUCAUUCUGCAGCCGAUCUCAGAAACCUGUCUCACAGUUUAGUGGAACACAGGAGUUUUCAACCAGUCACGUAGUAGAUUGAUUUGUUGGUUUGUUUGUUUGUUUAUUUAUUUAUUUAUUCCAGCUGACUUUCCUCUGUCUCUAUGCUGAAGACAUGAAUGUAAUCUAUCUUAUUUUACCAUAAAGUAAUUCAACAUGACUUUUUAUGGUUUUGUUAAAUAUAUAAGUGCCAAAUGUCAAACGAGUGUGAUGCUGCGAAAGGUAUUAUCCAGAAUAUGGUCUGUACUGCUGUGUUGAUGGAACAUGUUUUCAUGAUGCCAUGUUCUCAUUAUAUCAUUGUUCAAGGGAAUGCUUCACUCACAAAAUCACCAUUUGUGUAUCAAUUAGUCACAAAUACUAGAUUGAAUUUAUGAAGAAAACGUUCUCUCCCCGCCUUGAAUGUGAACAAAGAAUCAAAAAAGUAAGACGAUUGGGUCUAACAACAGCAAAACUAUAUAUAAAAUAAUUCAUUUAAAACUCUGAGCCGAAUGCUAAUGCUAGAAUUAAAGGUAACAUGGGGAGAGUAUAUAGGCUACUAAAGGUAGUUUUGAGCUUGAAGUAUUACUUUUAUCGUGAGAAAUAAGAUACUUCAAAGAGCCUAGGUACCAUUUCAGAGUGAAGUAAGUGAUGUUCCUGAAGGUGAGACAGAAGUGGAUUUAUUUAGAAAAUAAUAGGGCUUGCAUUCCAAGUGUCUCUAAUGCAUUUCGGGAAAAUAUUAAAAUGUCACGUCUUUGGUAGAAAAUCUUCUGCAGUGCACAGCAGGUCUAAUUUCUAUGUUGAGACGUUGAGACCAUGACAACAUUUGUUUUCUUGUAAAUACUGAUAAACUGUUGCAAUGCAAGUGUGCAAAUGUUAUGAUGUGUUUGAACAGUUGUGUCAGUGUUACUAUACUGUU